AUGGCAACAUCAGAUGAAUUCAAAGAACAACGUUCAAUUCAUAAACGAAAACGUGAAACAACUGAAGAAGAAAAUGUUCACAUGGAUACAGAACAAAAUACAUUAGUACAAUUUCCACAAAUAAGUGAAUAUCUUCAUUUACAAAUACGGUUUAAUUUAAGAACACGUUGUGUUGAAAUCAAAACAUCUGAUCAAACUGAAGAUAUUCAAGCAUUACAAAAAGCUGUUAAACCAUUGAAAGAUGAUAAUUUGUCGAGAGCUAUUGGCCGUAUUGCAGGUAAAAAUGGUCGAACGAAAUUUGCAAUCGAAAAUGCAACACGAUGUUGA